CAACUGUAAUCGUAAGUCUAAGUGUAAUCCUAGGUAUAGAUCUAGUUUCCGCAAAUGUCUAUUUGGAUUGUUUAGUCUCCUGGUUAUUUGGUCUACAUCUAUUCAGAAAUAACCCGGUUAGCUGAUUAAGUGAUGGCUAGUUCAGCAAACAUAUGUGGUAUAUGUGAUUUGCGAAAUAUUUCAAAACCGUCGACCGUAUGGUGCCCAGAGUGCGAUGAAGGUCUUUGUAAUUCAUGCCAAGAACAUCACAGCUUGUCCAAGGCAACAAGGCAGCACUCUAUAUUACCAAUAGCUGAAUACAGGAAACUUCCUUCAGAUAUUAUUCAAAUUUCACAGUCCUGUUGCAAGCAUGACGAAAAAUUAAUUUUAUAUUGCAAAGACCAUGAAAAUCCUUGUUGUGGUAAGUGCGUUGUAGAAACCCAUAAACAUUGCAAAGAAAUUGUCAGUCUCGAUGAUAUCAUGAAAAACGCUAAAAAUUCCGUUUCAUUUCAUGAAACAGAAGCCACAUUGACUGAAUUGAUCGAAAAUAUUAGGAAGAUAAGAAAUGCUCACAAAGAAAACUUAGCAGAUCUGUCUAAGAAAAGAAAAGCAAUCGAACUUGAAAUCCAACAAACUCGUCUUCUAAUUGAUAAACAUCUUGAUAAAAUACAGAAAAACCUUGUAGAUGAAAUUCAUGGUGCGGGUGAUAAAGAAAGCGAAAAGAUACGCCUUUCGAUUAAAACUUUGGACGAAAUGGAACAGAGUUUGUCAGAAUAUCAAUUGAAAAUAGUCAAUGUAAAAAAGUAUGCAUCGGAUAUUCAGGCAUUUAUGGCAAUAAAGAAGAUAGAAACAGAUGUUGCAAAAGAGGAAGAAUGCCUUUUGUCAUAUGUACCCGAGGAAAAGAUGAAUAACGUGACAAUUAGCUGCAAAUUGUCAGAACCAAUACAAGCUUUUCUAGGCAAUACACAAACAUUUGGGGAAGUAGUUAUAGAGACCACACCAAGAAGGUUUACACUAUCGCACAAGAAAAGUAUGCAAGCUCAGAUGAUGAUACCUACAAUACAGUCAAUGUCAAUUGAAAAUAUGACAACACGGUUGCAUCAGAGAGUAAACACUGAAUCAAAAAACGUAAGGGGUUGUUGCAUUUUACCAAAUAAAAACAUGGUAUUUGCCUGCUAUGACCAAAAAUCGCUAACAUUUUUGCAGAGCGAUGGAUCUAAAGAUGCCGUGGUCAAAUUGCCAGCAGCAGUUGACCUUGCAUAUAUAGAGGCAUAUGACAGUAUUGCUGUGACAUCUAGUAUAGAGAAUGAAAAAUACAUUAGGAUCAUUGACCUCCAUAAUAAGAAAAUAAAGAACAUUUCAGUUAACACUAAGAACUUUGGUAUUGCAGCUGUUCAAGAUAGCUUGGUUUAUUGUACAAAUUCAAAUAAUAUAAGAAUGAUAAGUCUGAGAAAUGAACUGGUAAAAAACAUUGUCUAUGCUGACAUCUCAACUUUCGCAUACGUCGAGACAUUUCAAGACCUCAUUUAUUACACAAAUACGAAUACCGAUGAUGUCACUUGUUGUGAUAUGAAAGGAACAGUGAAAUGGAAAUUUGCAUUUCAAAAUAUGACCAUGAUUCCAUUAGGAAUAACUAUAGAUAAUACAGGCAACGUUUAUGUCACCACUGGAAACAACAAUGUGAUAGUAAUUUCCCCUGACGGAAAGCGAUACAAAGAACUUUUGUCGAGUAGGGAUGAUCUUCGGAAUCCGAUUGCACUAUAUUUUGACCGAAGAACAAACAAACUAUUAGUAUCUAAUCGAAGUAGAGAUGCAGUGAUUUAUGACAUUGUCCAAGAAUGACGAAAUUGUAAUAAUUGUUUCAAACUCAAUUGCACUAUUUAUGUUUUUACUCGAAGUGAUAUUAUUAGUAAAUCUGUAUUGGAGUAUAUGAAUGAGGGUCGUAAUGGGGGUACCUUCAUGACGAAUAACGGUAAAAAUUCUUGCCUAAUGACGUUAACGGUAAUUUUUGCUGCAUGACGAUAAAAUGUACACUUUCUUUUAGACGUUAAAAAAAUCGAAAGAUUUUGACGAAUCACGUUAAUUUUUUUUCAAAAAAUAACGGUAACGAUAAUUAUAUGAGAUCUCUGACGAAUCACGACAAGGAUAUUUUGACGAAUCACGGUAAAAUUUUAACCAAUAUGACGCUAACGGUAGCCGAAAAUGGCAGUUUGACGCCUGACGGUAAAGGGCAUUACUACCCUCAUGAAUGUACCACCGUGUUCUCCGUAUUUGGUUCCGUUGCCAUUUGUUAACUUUUUGUACGGCCGCAUUUUAUCGUGGUGGUAUAAUGCUACAACCAUGCCACGAUUUUUGUCAUUUUAUAUCUCCGCUUGAAAGAACCGGUGUAUAUAGAAAUCACCAUGUCCAUCCGUUCGUCUGUUCGUCCGUAACACUUUUGGUUUCCUGAUCAUAAAUAGAAAACCGCUUUAAAAACCUAAAUGACAUCUACAUGAACAGUUUUGGAUCACUAUUUUGAUUGUUUUACCGUUCCACAGUUUUGGUACUUGAUUGUUAGAAAAAAUUGAAAAUAACUCGGUUUCCGGAUAAUCAAUGAAGAUCCCCAUUAUAAAAUUGAAAGAAAUUUCAAAGGAACGAUUAUGACCACUAAAGGCAGGUUAAGUUAGAUUUUCGUCAUUAUCACUUUUAUCGUACCAGAGGUAUGGUAAUUGAAAGUUAGAAAAAAAAAGAAAUGUAGCUUUUGGUUAUUAAAUGGAGAACCCCUGUAUGAAAUUAAUUGAAAAUGUUGAUGAAAUGUUUUGGAAAUAACUCGGUUUCCGGAUAUUCAAUGAAGAUCCCCAUUAUAAAAUUGAAAGAAAUUUCAAAGGAACGAUUAUGACCACUAAAGGCAGGUUAAGUUAGA